GGCCCCCGCGCGCCGCUGGCGGCUGGUUUCCUCCCGAGUCGCACCCUCCCGGGUUGAUCGCCGGCGCGCGCACCUCCUAGCGCGGAGGAGUCCCCGACCGGGAGGUUCCGAGAGAGAGACGAUUGGCUGACGUGGUGGCUGCGCGUCGGGCCUGAGAAACUCUGGGCGAGCGCGUUGAGUCGCUCCCGGGGCGGUGCGGGGCGCAUCUCAGCUUCAAAUCUUGGAGCAAAAACCAGAGACGUUGCCAGAGCAAACAAGAAUAGGAGUACCCAUGGAGGACUGGUCAAAAGACAUAACCCGUACUUACCUUGAACAAGAGACUACAGGAAGAAAAAAAAGUAUACUGCCAGAUGAGCAACGGACUGUGAAUUCUAAGGGAAGCAUUCAUCAGAAACCCUAUGAAUUAAUUAAUAAAGCUACAUAUGAGGACACAAAGCCACCAGAGCAGAGAUCAAGGAGUUUUGAGGUCAUCAGUCUUGAUCCAGGUGAUGAGACAGCUUACUGCACUACAGAGAAAUCCAACAUUAUGGAACAUAGAAAUAAUGAUUUGGAUUAUGAAUGUAUGAUUCCUUCUCAAGUUACUUCAGACCUAGAUCAAGAGAAGACAAUAGCAUUUCUUCUAAAAGAAUUGGAAAUUCUCAAAGCAAGCAAUAAAAAGCUUCAAGAAAAACUGACUGAAGAAGAUAAAGAACAGAGAAGACUAAAGCUUAAGCUGGAACUCCAAGAAAAAGCAUUAGAAGCUCAAAUUGCUGAAAAGACAGCAGCUCUGGUUGAAGAAGUGUAUUUUGCACAGAGGGAACGUGAUGAAGCUAUUAUGUCUCGUCUGCAGUUAGCCAAUGAGGAGAGAGAUGAAGCAGUAGCACGAGCCAAGCAUAUGGAAAUGUCCCUAAAAGUGCUAGAAAAUAUUAACCCUGAAGAAAAUGACAUGACAUUACAGGAAUUACUGAACAGAAUAAACAAUGCAGACACAGGGAUAGCUAUUCAGAAGAAUGGAGCUAUAAUUGUGGAUAGAAUCUACAAGACCAAGGAAUGUAAAAAGAGAAUAACUGCAGAAGAAAUGAAUGCAGUGAUAGAAGAAAGGGAUGCUGCUUUGUCUCAGUGCAAACGGCUAGAGCAGGAGCUUCAUCAUCUCAAAGAGCAGAACCAGACUUCAGCAAACAACAUGAGACAUCUGACUGCUGAAAACAAUCAAGAACGUGCUCUGAAGAAAAGAGGAAACUCCAGGGACAAAAAUUACAUCAGUUGUGGCCAAGGGCUGCAUGUAAAGGAAGAGCAUUGGCUGCAGUGUUGCACAAGGGAAUAUUUUGAGGCAAAGUUGUUAGCCAUGCAGCAAGCCAGAGAAACCGCAGUCCAACAAUACAAAAAACUGGAAGAAGAAAUCCAGACUCUUCGAGUUUACUACAGUUUACACAAAUCCUUAUCCCAAGAAGAAAGUCUGAAGGAUCAGUUUAACCAUACCCUUAGUACCUAUGAAGAAGCUUUGAAAAACAGAGAGAACAUUGUUUCCAUCACUCAACAACAAAAUGACGAACUAUCUAUCCAACUGCAGCAAGCUCUGACAGAUCGAGCAAACAUGGAAUUAGAGCUUCAGCACGCCGUGGAGGCCUCCCGAGCAGCCAAUGACAAAGUUCAGAAGUUGGAAAGACUGGUAGACGUCCUGAGGAAGAAGGUUGGAACAGGGACCAUGAGGACAGUGAUCUGACUGAAAAAACGACAGUCUGGGGAAGCAAUCACAUCUGGUGACCAGGCUGCUUCAUUCAACACUGUGUAAACACUAAAGCCUUAACUUAGCAAACAGUUGUUAGAAGUGGGACACUCCAACCACAUUCCAAGCUGAGAUAAAAUCAAAUCACAAAUGUUUAACCACUUUGCUGCUGACUUGAGUUAUUUAUCCAAAUGUAUUAACUACAGACUUUUACCAAUGGGUAGCUAUAAAGUUGCAGCUUUAUUUUUCAACUGUUUUUAUAUCUUACUGUAUUUAAUAUAAAUAUUUUUACUGAAAGACCAAUAUAGAAACAUGGUAAUGCUGUUCAGGAUCAUAUCUUCACAUAUGGCCCUUUCUGAAUCAAAAUGCAGCAAAAUAAAUAUUGUCUAAACCUUAAUCCACUAUGUUAGGUGAGAACUUCAAAUACAUGCAUUUUUCAGUAUAGAGUUUAUCUCUCCUCCAAUGAGAGAAGCAUAUACAUGAGUGUAUUGUCUUCCUUCAGUACAUUCAUGUAAUCUUUAAGAUUAAAAAAUAUUAAGUAUAGAUACCAAGAAUCAAAUGCAUAAUUGGCUUUAAUAAGAGGGGUGCAUUAAAAUCACAUUAAUCAAGGCAUGAUUUUUGUUUCACUACAAAUACUGCACACUGUUUUCAGUAAAAAGAAGGUAAUGUUAUUGGUAUGUAUAAAUAAAUUCAUGUUGUCAGUGUUUUUUAAUGUUGGGUCUGAAUAAUUACCUAAACUCUUAUUAAACUGUAGGAAUUACCAAGUCUGCCUGAUAGGCUGAGAUACUUUUGGCUUGAAAAUUAGCAUGUGCCAGCAUGGCUUUAAAAGGCAAGAGCCCAGCAAACAUGUUAGGUGUUCUUUUUGUUAUCUUCAUUUAGAUUAUCAUUUGAAAUUUUUUGUGGAAAGGGGGAAUCUAAUAUAUAAUAUACAACAAAAUUGUAAUAUAAAAAUAUAUUGUAACUUUUUGGGGAGAAAGAUUAAAGCUGCAGUUUAGUUCCGGUUACCUACUUUUUUUAAAACUUAAAAUAAUUACAUCAUUAUCAACCACUUCUAAUCAUGUGAAACUAUGAAUAAAAGUAACACAUAUUUGGCUAUAGGAAAAAUAUCUUUUUUUUUUUUCAGAUUGAAUAGUUGAGGAGCCAAUAGAAAAUGAAUAUGACCGGAGCAGGAUGAAAUAGACCAUUAGAGAUGGAAUUAGUGAAAAUUUUGUAGGCAAGUGAAAAAUUUUCUACUCCUGUGCCUUUAAGAUUAAACUAAAUUAUCUACCAUUGCCUAUUUUCAGAACAAGUACAGAAUAAUUUACUGCAUACACCAUUGAAAAUUAUGCAUUUGAAUUUUUUUUACUUUGCAAGAAAAUGUAAGGCACUUUAUCAUAGGGUGACAAAAGAAUCGUGAUGCAAACAAGCUCAAUUUCUUUCCUAUUAAACCUAUUGAAUUAACUGAUAGAAUCAUCCCAUUGAGUUCAAAUUUAGAAUUUACUCAUGUUGCCUACUUUUAGUUUUUUUAAUUGUGAGAAUUAGAAAAUAAGGAACAAUAGGGGUUAAAAAUGAACUAACUGGAAUUAUUCUACAGUCUUAAAGAGCAUUAUAGCCUUUCAUAAACCAAUGACAAUAUAAAUAUAGAAAUCUGCAAUAAUUUGGUCAUUCUUGGAGUCUCCUCUCUGGGCUCUAAUUGAAACAUGUAGCAGCUUCCUAUGUGAAGGAACAGCACCUCUCAAGUCAUAUGCAGAAGUAAAGAGAAACAGUUCUUGUCAACAAAAUAGUCCAAUCCUGAAUUAUCUUCAGAUGAAUCACAAGUAAACUUAACUUUCAGUUUAUUCCUGAAGAACAAACUUGAAUUGUUGCUUGAGGUUUUAUAAAACGCAAAGUAUAGAAUAAAGACAUUUUACCGUUUCCAAACAUCUCUUUCUGUAACUAAACAAUCAGAUUAGCAUAACCAAUUCCAAUUAUCAAUAUCCAGAACUUUUAUAGACUUUGAUAUUAUAAUGUUAAAUUUAUAAAACACUUCUAACGUCUGCUAUUGCUCAGUGCGAGUAACCUCCCCCCUGCCAAAUUAUUACAUUCCCUUGAAAAUGAGUUGUCUACAAAAUUACAAAUGCUACGUAUUACAGCCAAAUAUUUCUACUGAUUAAUUUCUUGCACUUAAAAAAAUCCACCAACAUUUCAAAUAGUGUUUUUGGGGAGAGUAUGAAAGAAUAGUUUUGCUCACUGAAGGUUAGUUCUCUACAUGUUCGAUAAUAAUGUAAUUUAAGAGGUAUUCCACACUGCCCAGAGAUGUUGGUUUGAGUUUAUUUUAAACAUCAAGUCUAAUUCCUAUAAUAACAUGAGGAUUUACAUUCCCUUAUAAAAAAGUAGUUCAGAGGAAAUUCAGAAAAAAAUCAUACAAAUGUGUAGCACAUGAUGACUUAAAGAAUGUUUUCACAUCGUUUUUUAUUUGAUCCUAUCAAUAUUCAUAUAAUAAUAACUAACUAUAUAUAUCAACCAUAUAAUAAUGAUGAUAGUAAUUUUAGUAUUGGUGUUGUUAUUACUAAUACAUUUAACAAAUGAGGAAACACACACAGAGGGACUAGAAAUUUCCCAAGGACUGACCAGGACUUAGAGCUGUGGUCUUAUGAGUAAACUUCAUGCAACCAUAGGUGUUCAGACCUUUCUAUAAGAAAAAAAUUAAAAAUCAAAAAUUUUAACUCUUGCAA